AUGACCCGUGCUACCCUCGUCCAUCACAAAACCCUGAACCUGAAAAGGCUCCUGGUGCCUAAAGAGAUAUUCAACUUGGUCCACGACAGCCAUGCCAUCCAAGGUUUCGAUCGUCGCUGGCAACGCAUGCAAGGGAUGUGCUUCCACAAAUUCACCAAGCUGCUAAAGCAGUACAUCUACAGCUUCCUUCAAAUAAUUGUAUCGAGUUGA